UCCUAAACACGUGAUUUUGAAGUGCGGAAGUAAAGUUGUGAUUUCGGGAAAACGUAAGUGAAGAUUUGUUUUUCACGGGUGGAAAACAUUGGAAAAUAGCUAACCUAUAGAAUACAUUAUGGAUGACGAGGAGGAGACCUACAGACUAUGGAAAAUCCGCAAAACAAUCAUGCAGUUGUGCCACGACAGAGGCUAUCUUGUGACGCAGGAUGAGUUGGACCAGACUCUGGACGAGUUCAAGAGCCAGUUUGGGGACAAGCCGAGUGAAGGGCGCCCACGGCGGACAGAUCUCACUGUGCUGGUCGCCCACAACGAUGACCCGACCGACCAGAUGUUCGUCUUCUUUCCAGAGGAGCCCAAGGUAGGAAUCAAGACUAUAAAGAUGUACUGCCAGCGCAUGCAGGAGGAGAAUAUCACACGUGCCUGCAUCGUGGUCCAGAUGGGGAUGACGCCUUCCGCCAAACAGGGGCCUGUUAGGACUCCCUUGUUUCUUUCUUUUCAGUCGCUAGUGGACAUGGCACCCAAAUACAUCCUGGAGCAGUUUCUACAACAGGAGCUCCUCAUCAACAUCACAGAGCAUGAGCUGGUUCCUGAACACAUAGUGAUGACAAAAGAAGAACUGUCAGAGUUGCUGCUUCGAUAUAAACUGAAGGAGAGCCAGCUACCCAGGAUUCAAGCAGGAGACCCUGUGGCCAGAUACUUUGGACUGAAAAGAGGACAGGUAGUGAAGAUCAUCAGACCUAGUGAGACUGCUGGUAGAUACAUCACCUACAGACUGGUGCAGUAAACACACACCAGCUCUAUUAUGGACCAGAAGGAGUAUGAGAUCUGAUGAUUGCGGACAGGGAAUGACUGAAGAUGUUUCAUAUGAAGAAGAAAGAACAUGCUCUCAUCACUUUGUCUCCCAAUAACUUUUGUGAAUAAGUUGACUUGCUUACCUUUUGGCACUACUAGUUUUUAUCAAUGUGCUUGAGGUGAUAACCUCUGCAUGUGUUGGAUUUUUUUUUAAAUAAGCAUUUUUAAUUUCAACGGGCAAAUUAUUUAUUUCAGAAGAAAUAAAUCCAACUGUUUUUAAUGUCGAA